AAAACCAAAAAAAAAAACAACCAAAAAAACAUGUCCACCCACCAGACAUUCAUUUGAAUUUAGGUCAUAGAUAGAUUUCAUUGUCAUCCGGAAUUUUUCAGAGCGUCUUAAGUUUCUGGGUUUAUACAUCCAUCAUGGCGGCAAAAAUCAACAGCGAAGAUGUAAGCAAGGCUUGGAUUAUCAUCACAGAAGUUUUAUCGCCGAAUAGUGCCAAUAGAAAACACAAUGAAACAGAAUUUCAGAAUGCUGUUGAUGUUCUAACACAAAAUGGGUUGUCCUACAUGAUUGAGGAGUGGUUUGUUGAAUGUCUACAACAGCAUCUGAGAAGAAAUGUGGCAAAAACCUUCUGGAAAUUUUUUGAUGUGGAGGAGUGUGACAUUUUACCCAAACAGCUGGGUAUAGCUGUGAAUUACCUGCAUGAGAUUACAAUGGGGUAUAUGCCUUGUUUAGAUAGAUUAAACACUAUGUCAGUGAUACUGGAAAACAGGAAACGUUCCACAAUAUUUAACACAAACAAUUUGUCAGAGGCAUACAUACUGUUGAUUAAAUCAAUCAUAUUCUUUGUUUUGCCUGCCAAAUUUUGUACUGCAGUGGAAAUGUUUUAUUCACAAGCUUUCAAAGUGUUUCACCACAGCACAUCAGAGGACGAAGAACAAGACGAGGAAGAGGAGUGUAAGGGAUGUGACAAAGAGCAAGAAGAAUGUGUGUGUAAAGAUAUUCUGGACAAUUUUCACACCAUCAACAGGCAGCUUGAUGAUAUUGGUAUUUUGGAGAGAGUGUCUAGCAUGGCUGUGACCUCCAUUGUACAUGAAAGGAUAAAGAAUCACAUUGAAAACACAUGUAAAGGCAACUUUGAGACAUCAUAUCUAAAAAGUCUAGAAGAGUGGCUGGACAGAAAAGUAUUAGGCUGGCUAAGAUUGGUCUUCUCUGAAAACUGCAGAAACACAUACCCAGAAUGUAUAGAGGGAUUUAAAGGGAGGCUGCUGCACUUUAUGUUUGAAACCUUCGCUAAAACUCACAUUGAUCAGCUGUUUAACAUCAUUAUUGAGUUUCCUGAGUCGGAGCCUGCUAUUCUGGACUUGAAGAUCUGCUUAGAGAAGACAGACCUAAGAGGGACCCUGGUCUCAUCUCUUAAGACUGCACUGGAAACUCGCCUUUUGCAUCCAGGUGUGAAUACAUCAGACAUUUUGACAGCAUACAUAGCUGCUAUCCGUGCACUCCGGAUUUUGGAUCCAGUUGGAGUUAUCCUAGAGCUUGUAUGUGAUCCAGUUAGAAAGUAUUUAAGGUCAAGAGAUGACACUGUUCGGCAGAUUGUAUCCAAUCUGACAGACGAUGGCAGUAAUGAGUUGCUGGAUGAACUUCAGAAGGGUCACCCUCUGUUGGAUGAUGGCUGUAGUAGUGAUGAUGAACUGGAUGACUGGGAGAGCUGGAUGCCAGACCCUGUGGAUGCUGAUCCACGAAGCACAUCAAAGAGCCGAAGAGCCUCUGAUAUCAUCAGUAUGUUGGUCAACAUUUACGGAAGCAAAGAACUUUUUGUACAAGAAUAUCGGACACUAUUAGCAGAUCGCAUUUUGACACAGUUUAACUACGAAAUUGUGAAAGAAAUUCGCUAUCUUGAGCUCUUAAAGUUAAGAUUUGGAGAAUCUCAGCUUCAUUAUUGUGAGGUGAUGUUAAAGGAUGUGGCUGAUUCCAAAAGACUGAACUCUAGGAUUAUGGAUGAGAGGAGGAAAUCAGCAGAGAGAGAGGAGAUUGAAGUAAAUGCAAUGGUGCUCUCAGCCCAGUUUUGGCCCGCCUUUAGAGAAGAAAAGAUAAAGUUACCAGAUGUCAUGCAAAAAUUAUUGGAGGAAUACACCAAAAAGUUUGAAACCCUGAAAGGGAACAGAACACUGAAUUGGAAGCCACAUUUAGGGUUGGUGAAUAUUGAUGUGGAACUGAAAGACCGAACAUUGAAUUUCAAUGUAUCUCCGGUGCAUGCUGCCAUAAUUAUCCAGUUUCAGUCACAAGAAACAUGGAGUGUGGAAGAACUGAGCAAUGUCCUCCAGAUGCCUGCCACAGCUCUGAGACGGAAAAUAGCUUACUGGCAGACCCAGGGUAUUCUGCGAGAAGAGGCCACAGAUAAGUUUGUCCUGGUAGAGGAGCAUAAAGGGAGAUCUCAUGACAUCAUUUUAGCAGAUGAUGAUGAGGCAGAGUCAGCCAUGGCUUCUUCCCAGGCACAGAGAGAGGAAGAACUACAGGUAUUUUGGUCAUAUAUUGUGGGUAUGUUAACAAACUUAGAGAGUCUGACAAUAGAUAGAAUACACAGUAUGCUGAGAAUGUUUGCCAUGCAAGGACCAUCAGCCGUGGAAUGUAGUAUUCCAGAACUCAAACGUUUUCUAGACUUGAAAGUGAGAGACCAAAAAUUAAUAUUUUCUGGAGGAGUAUAUCGGCUGCCAAAACCUGAUUUAUUAUGAAUAAAUGAUAUAAAUCUGA